GUCUUCAUCGCUUGAGGCUUUUAGGAAAAUCCAACAAGAAAGAGCAAACAUGCAUGCAGCUGCUGAUGCUGAAAAGCUGAGCCUUAAUUAUCCUAGUUGCGAUCAUAUAACCAAUGAUAUUUCAGAUAAAUAUGCUGGGAAAAGUUCUUUGACACCAGAUGCUAAAGAAGCAGUGCUGAAGUUAAGGAAGCACAGUGGAGUUUCAGGGCACCACUCGAGGAAGCUUGAGUGGAGAGAAUAGGAGUUCUGACUCAGGUAGGUCCUGUAGAAUAAAUCCGACACAAAAUAGCCAUCUUCUCUUACAGAACCGAUCUGCUUCUAGUAUCAAUGCAUCUCGACUACUUUUUAGGGAGAGCUCCACUGCUGCUGUCACUGGAAAGAGCAAAAGGGAACUGGUUGGAUCCACUUCUGAAACGGAAAAGCUUCUUCCUAAGAAAGAUAAAAUGUUGACAGAACAUAUGGUUGAGAAAAACCCAAAAUAUGUGGAUCACCUUAAGAAGCAAACUCCUCUUUUUGAAAGAGAUAAGGAGAAGAGAAAUGGACCAUCAUGGAAAUCCAUGGAUGCCUGGAAGGAGAAAAGGAACUGGGAGGACAUACUUGCAUCUCCAAUGCGCGUCUCUUCCCGUCUUUCACAUUCCCCGGGGAUAAGCCGGAAAAGUGCUGAGCGUGCACGAAUUUUGCAUGACAAACUAAUGACUCCUGAGAAGAAAAAGAAGUCUGCUUUAGAUUUAAAAAAAGAAGCAGAAGAAAAACAUGCACGGGCAAUGAGGAUUAGAAGUGAGCUAGAGAAUGAAAGAGUUCAAAAGUUUCAACGAAACUCAGAGAAACUUAACCGUGUUAAUGAAUGGCAAGCUGUUCGCAGCAUGAAAUUGCGGGAGGGAAUGUAUGCUCGCCAUCAAAGAAGUGAAUCUCGCCAUGAAGCUUUUCUAGCCCAGGUUGUGAAAAGAGCUGGUGAUGAAAGCAUUAAGGUUAAUGAGGUUCGUUUUAUUACUUCGCUGAAUGAAGAGAACAAAAAAUUUAUAUUACGCCAGAAACUUCAUGAUUCAGAAUUGAGGAGAGCUGAGAAACUUCAAGUGAUGAAAAGUAAACAAAAGGAGGAUAUGGCGAGAGAAGAAGCUGUUUUGGAGCGCAAGAAGCUAAUUGAAGCUGAGAAGUUGCAGCGUCUUGCUGAGACUCAGCGGAAAAAGGAAGAGGCUCAAGUAAGAAGGGAAGAAGAACGAAGGGCAUCAAGUGCAGCUCGAGAGGCAAAGGCUAUAGAACAGCUGCGCAGGAAGGAGGUUAGGGCUAAAGCCCAGCAGGAGGAAGCUGAACUUCUAGCUCAGAAAUUAGCUGAAAGACUUAGUGAAAGUGAACAACGUCGCAAAUUUUACUUAGAACAAAUACGGGAGAAAGCUUCAAUGGAUUUCAGGGAUCAAUCUUCACCUUUGCAGCGGCGCUCUGUGAACAAGGAGGGUCUGGGGAGAUCUACACUUCCCUGUAAUGGUGAAGAGCAACAGGCAAAUGUCACCAGUUUAGGAGGUUCUACUCUGCAAAAUGGCACUCUCACAUUGCAACACUCCUUAAAGCGAAGGAUUAAAAAAAUACGCCAGAGGCUUAUGGCUUUGAAAUAUGACUUUCCUGAGCCUCCUGUUGAAAAUGCUGGCAUUGGAUAUAGAACAGCAGUGGGAACUGCAAGGGUCAAAAUUGGAAGGUGGCUUCAGGAGCUUCAGAGACUUCGGCAAGCAAGGAAAGAAGGGGCUGAUAGUAUUGGAUUAAUCACUUCUGAGAUGAUUAAGUUUUUCGAGGGUAAAGACCCAGAAGUGCAGGCUUCUCGCCAAACUGGUCUACUUGAUUUUAUUGCUUCGGCCCUACCAGCUUCUCACACAUCUAAACCUGAGGCCUGCCAGGUGACAAUCUACCUUUUAAGACUCCUAAGGGUACUGCUAUCAGUGCCCAUGAAUAGGAGUUAUUUUCUUGCCCAAAAUCUCUUGCCCCCGAUUAUCCCCAUGCUGGCAGCAGCUCUUGAGAACUAUAUCAAGAUUGCAGCAUCAUCAAAUAUCCCUGGUAGCUCCAACUUGCUACCAAGCAAAACCUCUGUUGAAAAUUUAGAAUCAAUCUCUGAAGCACUUGAUGGCUUUUUGUGGACUGUUGCAUCAAUUAUUGGUCAUGCAAGCUCUGAUGAACGGCAAAUCCAGAUGCAGGAUGGUUUACAAGAGCUUAUACUUGCUUAUCAAGUUAUUCAUCGGCUGCGAGAUCUUUUUGCUCUUUAUGACAGGCCACAGGUUGAAGGGUCACCAUUCCCUUCAUCCAUUCUCUUGAGCAUAAAUCUGUUGGCAGUUUUAACAUCCAGAUCCAGAACAGGUUCUUCCAUUGAUUGGGAAUCUUUUCCAAUAGAAGUGGUACCGGAAAAUAUGACUUCAAAGCCUAAGAUUGAAGAGGGUGCAGAGUUUGGAUGUUCCUCAGUAAUUAACUCAAAUGGGGAAGAUAGACCUCAACUAUCUUCCCUAAAUGGUGGCACAGCCGUACCUUUGCCAGAUGUACCGGAAGAUAGGCCAUUAGAUGAAUCAUGUAUGGUAACAAGAAGCAAUGUCUCAGUUGUGAAUGCAAAAGAUUCUGAUAACCUGGAGGUUUUUAACACAAAGAUGGAUGCUACAGAUAUUUUGUUUAAGUCCCAGCAUGUUUUGAUAGACAAUGCGGCAAACUCUUCUGUACUGCAGAAGGAUGAGAAGAACUCUCUGAAUGAUGGUGCAGCACAAAAGAAUGAAAAUAAAUUAAGCUUGAAGGCACCAGUAACAUUUCUACUUUCUGCCAUAUCUGAAACAGGCUUAGUUUGUCUUCCUUCUUUGUUGACAGCUGUGCUAUUGCAGGCAAACAACAGAUUGUCCUCUGAUCAAGCCUCGCAUGUUCUUCCAUCUAAUUUUGAAGAAGUGGCAACUGGGGUUCUGAAGGUUUUGAAUAAUUUGGCUCUAAUAGACAUUACUUUCACACAGAGGAUGCUAGCCAGGCCAGACCUGAAAAUGGAAUUCUUCCACUUGAUGAGUUUUCUGCUUUCCCAUUGCACAAACAAGUGGAGAGUAGCUACUGAUCAGGCGGGCUUGCUUCUGCUGGAAUCUUUACUACUACUUGGCUAUUUUGCUUUGUUCCAUCCUGAAAAUCAAGCUGUACUUAGAUGGGGAAAGAGCCCUACCAUUCUUCAUAAGGUAUGCGAUCUACCUUUUGUGUUCUUCAGCGACCCUGAGUUGAUGCCAGUCUUAGCUGCUACACUAGUUGCUACCUGCUUUGGUUGUGAGCAGAACAAGGAUGUAGUUCAGCAAGAACUUAGUACUGAUAUGCUUCUCUCCUUGAUAAGAUCUUGCCGAAAUGGUUUGCCUGCAGUUCAAUCUAGUUCUACCUCAGCCAAUCCUCUGACAGAAUGCGCUAGUGAAUCUAAUCAGCUGGGCCCUGAAUCUCGUAGACUUCAAGUUCAAGGUGAGAUGAUCCUUAGAUCUGGCCGUUACAAUCUAAGAAGCACCCGAAUUCCUUCUGGAAGGGGUGGUUCUUCUGCAAACAGCAUCAGAUCCAGCAAGACGCGAAACCAGAAAGAAAGCAAAGCACUGAAACUUGGAGGCGAAGAAACGUCUCUGAAACAAAAUCAGUCAGCUUCAGAAACCUCCUCUACUUUGAUGCUACAUUCCAGAUUUUCUGGAAGCUUCAUUGAUAGGGCAGAGCAGUUUUUUGCGGCAGAAAACACCAGUUUUAUCAACGAGGUAUGAGUUUAUGUAAUACUUGUACACGCUGGAAGUGUGAUUCUGGUCUCUAUUAUUUAACCAGUGGACAGUGCGAGCCAUAAUUAUAGAAAAUCUUGUGGGCUUCUCAUAUGAUCAACUGUAACAUGUUAUAAGAGAUGCCUGCAUAAUCAUAGGGGUGAGAUCUGGGUUCACAUUUUGGAAGCUAAUGGUCAAAUCUUAAAUCUUGUUUUCUUU